AUGCCGGAGCUACCAGACAACCCUCUGAAUCGGGAGCCCGAGAUACAGCAACUGGUCCAAUCUUUCCUCACUGCCAAAGAUGACGGCUAUGAUCGAAACCACUGUCUUCAUCCACAGCUCAAUGCGGACACGCAUAGAGUCACCCUCGACGGAGCAGUAGACAAGCCCAUCGAAUUCACCAUGGACAACCUCCGGAACGACUUUGAACAACACUCCGUCGUCUGCGCUCUCCAAUGUGCCGGCAAUAGACGACACACCAUGCGUACCAAGAUCAAAGAAGUCAGCGGAGUUGAUUGGUUUGACGGCGCUGUGAUGAACUGUAAAUGGACUGGUCCGCGACUUUCUGAUGUCCUUCAUCGCGCUGGCGUGACGAUCGACGACGGGCAUGUCGCAUUUUCCUGCUACGCCACUCCUUGCCAGGACGAUACUUGGUAUGGGUCCAGUAUAUCGCUCGACCGAGCAAUGCGGAAAGACAUGGACGUCAUCCUCGCGCUUGAGAUGAACGACGAGCCACUGACAGUAGGGCGCGGGUACCCGGUUAGAGUCAUCACGCCCGGGAUUGCUGGUGCCCGGGCGGUGAAGUGGCUUGACCGUAUCACUGUGCAGAAGGAAGAGUGUAAGAAUCAUUAUAUGGUUUAUGAUUAUAAGAUCCUGCCGGAAGAGGUUACGGAUGCGGAGAAGGCGAAGGACUACUGGGAAGUUGUUCCACCGGUGCAAGAUAUGCCUGUCAACUCGGCCAUCGGCGUCCCCAAGGGCGGUGGCACUGCGAAGCGAAACGCAGAUGGUACGGUGACGGUCAAAGGCUACGCUCUUCCGGGCGGCGCAGAUGGCCCAGUGACGAAAGUAGAGGUGUCCGGCAACGACGGCAGGUCAUGGCAAGAAGCGAAGCUGCUCGAUUGUGAAGGCGAGACCAAGUGGUCCUGGAAGCUGUGGGAAGCCAGGAUCCCUAUGGAACCUGGCUUUGACAAGGCCAUCUACAGCAAAGCUACGGACGCAGCAGGCAACACUCAACCGGCUAAGUCUCGCUGGAAUUUCCGAGGAGUUUGCUACAAUGGCUACGGAGAUUGUACAGAACUUACUGUCACGUAG